AUGGAACAUAGAAGAUUGCGCAAAGGGCCGCUGCCUGGAGGUCGUCAGGGCGCGUCUGGAGCUGGCGCUGGACGCGACAGCAUGCGAACCGCCAGCCGAGCGCGAGGUGCUGCACGACCACCCAGCAGCCCCUCGCAUCCAUCAUCCCCACCAGCUUGCUUGGUGUCGGCAGGGUCUUCGCAGGCCCAGCAAUCGGCACCCGCCACUGGUGGAGUACGCCGCAUGCGAUGGACCAUCAAUAUGAAUUCAAACGCAUUGCGGGCGUAUUUUAGGGCGAAAGGGGGAGAAAUUGGAGGUUUCGCGUAUCGGGCUAGGAUGCAUCGUCUUUUUACUGAGCUGGAGCCAUCUAUUACUGUCACCGAGCAAAACCUGGCAGACCGAGUUCGGUAUAUCUUACGCUCAAAUAUAUUUGAUGGCGCCGAACUCGAACGGCUACGACGUGAGGCUGUUCCCUCAUCAAAUGAAAACGCUACGACUGAGGGUGUGAUGCCACAAGUUGCAGAACAACCCGCACACGUGGAUGCCGCCGAGAAUACCCCAGUGGUUGCUGAUUCAAAUGAUGAUGGAACAUUCACCCAGGAACUAGAAAUAGAGCAAAUGAGGAGUACAUUGGAAGAGGCGAUUAUGGAAACGCGCAGUACGCCUCUCGAAAAUCGACCGCGACUUCCCCGCAUAGCCCUAAGCAAGCGGAAUCGGGCUGUCGUGAGGGCUCUGAACCCAAUACUGGUGACCUAUUUGGAAGCCAGCCGGGACCUUUGCGAGACGGACUCAAUUCUCUUUGGCGCCGCACUGGCAGUCUGCCGUAUUAUAGGUGCCAAACUUUCCACGGCUGGACGCACUACUGGACAAAGUAGUGCUAUCCCAGCCUGGAGAACAAGAAUUAAAGAACGUAUCGCAAAGGCUAGGGCCCUCAUCGGCAGACUGAUAUGCUUCAGGGCGAAAGGGGGAGAAAUUGGAGGUUUCGCGUAUCGGGCUAGGAUGCAUCGUCUUUUUACUGAGCUGGAGCCAUCUAUUACUGUCACCGAGCAAAACCUGGCAGACCGAGUUCGGUAUAUCUUACGCUCAAAUAUAUUUGAUGGCGCCGAACUCGAACGGCUACGACGUGAGGCUGUUCCCUCAUCAAAUGAAAACGCUACGACUGAGGGUGCGGUGCCACAAGUUGCAGAACAACCCGCACAUGUGGAUGCCGCCGUGAAUACCCCACUGGUUGCUGAUUCAAAUGAUGAUAGAACAUUCACCCAGGAACUAGAAAUAGAGCAAAUGAGGAGUACAUUGGAAGAGGCGAUUAUGGAAACGCGCAGUACACCUCUCGAAAAUCGACCGCGACUUCCCCGCAUAGCCCUAAGCAAGCGGAAUCGGGCUGUCGUGAGGGCUCUGAACCCAAUCUGGUGA